UUACAGUUGUCCGAAAAACUUGUGAUGUAUGAUGAACAGGCGAUAGCAUUAGGGCAUCAGAGAAAAGACAAACAUAUAUUCACAUAUUUGUUCUUCAUAUAUACAUUCGUUACAACAAAUUGGAUGACUUAUUACAAAAUCAGGAAUAUGUCGGAAGGAAUGGUGGGGAUAGUAAGUGUGUUGCGAUAUACAGUUUCUACUAUCAGCGGCACUUAUUGCGUCUUAAUAACGUGCCUAUUUCUGGAUCUGAUACGUCAACGUUUUCGACACUUGAACGAGACGGUAAUCCCUUACGUUUCGGAGUUACCGGUAACCCGAUCGCAGGGUGAAAUCACGGUGUACAACGUACGCCAUUUGCAUAAGGUGCUUCUCAAUAGUGCCGAGCUAAUAAACGCAUUAUACGGGAUAGGCACUUUGCUCACCUUCCUGUCCAUUUUGUUGGAAUUGGUUUGGACCACAUAUGCAUUCAUAAAAAAUUGGCAGGAAAUUAAAUAUAUACAAGACUUGGCAACGCCGCUGAACUUAUUGUUUCAAACUAUUUACUUAGUCGCAAUGUAUCACUUUACGACCUACGAGGUAAAAACCGACAAUUUUAUCGUAAUGUCGUUCGAAAACACUUUUUAUCUAAUUGUUGGACUAUUCAAUGUCUUUUUUUAAUACA